AUGUCUCAGCCAGGAAAUGUCCCCAAGGGGCCUCCCUACCUUCCCCAGGCAGCACAAACUGGUGGUGUACCAACAGUCUCCAUCGAUGUCCCUGCGCUGGGUGUCUUGCUAGCAAUCUACAUUGGAUUCGCCGCCACAAACAUGACCAUAUUCCAAGUUAACAACCGUCGAAAACAUAUAUUCCGGCCGUCAGUUCUCCUCUUCGGAUUUUGCAUGGCUAGAAUAACGACAUGCAUUUUACGCAUUGCAUGGGCCACGAGACAAACAAACGCCAGACUUGCCAUCGCGGCGGGCAUAUUCAUCAAUGCCGGUAUUCUCAUUCUCUAUAUCCUCAACCUUUUCUUCGCACAUCGCAUCCUCAAAGCCAAGAAGCCUCAACAUGCUUGGCUGAAGCCGCUGGACAUCCUUAUUAAAGGCCUGUAUGUGCUCAUCGUUGGCGCCUUGAUCAUGGUCAUCACAGCGACUAUCCUGUCCUUCUACACGCUGAACAUGCACACAAGAAAAGUUGCUCGCGACAUUCAGCUGGCUGCCAUCACAUAUCUACUGUUUAUUGCCGCAUUACCGCUACUACUACUCGCAGUCGCGUUUCUAGCACCCCAUGAUCGCUACGAGCGAGACUUUGGAACAGAAAGCAUGCAUAGCAAAGGGUUCAUCAUCCUCCUUACAACCACUAUCUGUGUCAUCGUCGCGGGCUUCAAAGCCGGUGUUGCAUGGGAGACGCCGAGGCCCAUCAACGAUCCUGCUUGGUAUCACUCCAAGGCCGCAUUCUAUGUCUUCAACUUUACCUUGGAGAUACUCGCGCUGUCUGUUUUCACAUUUACACGCAUUGACAAGCGGUUCUACAUUCCUAAGGCCACUACAAAAGAAGGAGAUGAAGUCGCGGAGACCAACAUGUCCACCGAGGAGAAUGAACGGGUAUCUGUGUCGAGCGAAGUGAAAUUUGCUACAGAACUUUGA